UGUAAAGAGAGUCGUCUGAUGGCUAGCCAUGGCAUCAAGAACGUCUUCUGCUUUAGAAAUAAGAAAAUUGAGAAAGAAACUAAGACAGAUUGAAAAUUUAGAACGAAAGGAAGGCGAUUUAUUGGACGAAGAAUUAACAAAAAUAUCUAAAAAGACAGAAAUUCGGGAGCAGCUUCUGCAGUUGUUGGCCACUGCUGAAGAUGACAAUGAAAGCUUUGAGGCAUCAACACAGUCCAAUGUAACGAACAACAGCAAUGGAUCAUCAGAUACACAGGAUUUUGAAAUGUCUGCUGUUAAUAUUACGGUGGUAACUCCUGAAAAUGAAGAAGAUGAUUCGUAUGUGGAUGUGGAAUCAGUGGAUGUGGACAUGGUUGAGGAAGUCUCCACGCCACGCUCCACUGAUUUCCAUCCACAGGUGGAGGAAGUAUCUAGCACUGCUAACGUUUCACCGCGUAAAAAUGAAGCUGAUUUGACACCAGAGAGAGGCGCUCAGAUUGAACAGAACAGUCCUUACCAGGUGUCCCCAAGAGAAUCUAUACAUUCUGACAAUGACCAGGGAAGAAUUCCCCCAAAAGAAAAGACAAAAACCAAGAAGAGCAAGAAAACAAAGAAUGAGUCAGAGGAAUCACCCCCUGUUAGUGUUAGUAGUUGGAGAGAAGGCAUGUUUUAUUUGACAGAAUUAGAAGGUCACAACGACCUAAUUACAGAUUCUGAUAUACAGGGUACCACACUGGUGACUGCAAGUCGAGACACUACCAUAAAGAUGUGGAAUUUGGAGGAGAUGAGAGAAGUACGAAGUUUUGGUGGACACACAGGAUCUGUUAACACUGUAGUUCUCCUAUCAGCUGAGUCCACAGCUAAAAUUUGUGAAGUAAGCGGACUUCCCCAGACAGAGGGUCGAAUCAUUAUCAGUGGAUCCACGGACUGUAGCUUUAAGCUGUGGUGCAGUGCCACAGGGAAGAUUCUACGAUCCACCUACACAUUUAGUCCUGUGACCAGAGUGGUAUAUCACCCCGUGGCUGAAGUCUUUAUAACAGGCUCAGAUGGGGGCAAACUAGAGAUGUGGGACAUACACAGUGGGAAGAGUGUGCAGAGUUUACAUGCUUUUGAGGAUAGUGUGUCAGCAUUGCAGGUUAAUGACAUCUGUCUGUAUGCUGCAUCAGUGGAGGGACUCAUCAAAGUAUACGAGAUCAGGGACAAGCAUUUUAUCUGCGUCUUUGAAUCUGGCAACGUAAGGUCAACAGACGGAUCGUACCUGUGUUGUCGUGGAAUCAGAGGAAUGGCCGUCAGGGAUGAUGUCAUCUACUAUGGUGAUGAUGGGACCAAUGUUAAAGCUCUGUCCUGGAAAUCAGGUCUUGUCCAUAAAUUAGGAAACCAUAACGAGGACUUUGGAAUCACAGACAGCCUGGACAUUACGGAUGACAUCCUGAUUUCCUCCGCAUUCUGCCUGGAUACAGGACUCGGCUAUAUUAAUGUCAGGAACUCUGAUGGAGAAAAAUACCUAGCCAGUCUAAAUGAUGGAGAAACAGAUAGAAUUAUGUCUGUAUGUUGUUCUAAAAUGGCUGAGGAUGCUUUUGCAGUUGUCUCAGCUGGAGUUCAACUAAAGGUGUGGAUAAAAACAUCAGACUCCAGGUAUAUCCAUUCUGACGCCAGGCAGGUUAAGCCCUCGUAUUAUCCCAGGCUUACCAAACCUCCGCGGCACUCGGAUGUCGAAUCCGACCUGGAAAGUAGCGAAUCGGGAUCGGAUGACACCAUCGCUGACGAACCGAGUGCAGAGAGUCAAUCCUGGACGUCAUGGUGUACGAUUCUGUAGACAGAUAUAACUUUACCGGUCAUAAAGGAGAUUGUUAUUUAGCCUUGAUCUGCUUCCUUAUUUGGGGUUUCUAUUAAUGAAGGGAUAAAUAAACUCAUCAAUUUUACAUUUUACAGGUGUAGGUCAUUCAAGUAGCAAAUUAAUUUUAGAGCUGAAGCGAAACAACAGCUAAAAUACAGGGAAAUGGUGAAUCCUUUUCUCUGAUUUCAACAUGGUUUGGAUUCGGGAAGAAUUAUAUAAAUUUCUUUCAUCCACUGUUAAAUAUUCAUAUAGGAUGAUCGUGGUCCUGUGUUUUCCUUAGUUUUGUCUGACUUCGCCUCCUCAAAGGACCAGGAUAUGGCUUUGUCGUGGGAGUGCAGUAUCUGCUGCUAAACAAUCCAAUCCUUCCAGAUUCUGUCCCGUUUAGGCAGUGCAUUCAAAUGUUUGUCAAACUACUUAUCCCUUUUCAAAAGACAAGAUAUACUGUAUGUGCCAUUUAAUCCAUGCUAUUGUCUCUUACGGUGUCAAGAUUGCUUUAAUAUUAAAUACGAAUAACUUAUCAAAA